AUGGCAUCAAACAGCACGAGAACCGUUGAUAUGAAGCAGCUGGCACCUGCGGAGAUAGUGCCUUUACCCCGCAGGACGAGGAAUGACCUGACUUCAGAGGUGUCGACGAUAAGCGAACGAAGAGCGAUCGACACGGAACAACCGAGCUAUGCACCUUCAGCCAGAGAGAAGGAACCUGCAAUAAUCCCGGAGAAACAGGCACGCACUCUCCCUGGCCCAACAUUCGACAAUGCAAGCCGGUUUGGCGAACCAGAUACCCUCGUUGCCAUCAUAAGCGCUCUUAUCCUCGCUACCUCCCUCGGCUCCCUCGAUAUGACCAUCGUUGCUACUGCCAUCCCGCGAAUAACAGAUGAAUUCAAGAACCUCGCUGACGUCGGUUGGUACGGCAGCGCGUUCUUUCUCACCCUUGGGUCGUUCCAGUCCACCUGGGGAAAAGCCUACAAGUAUUUUCCACUCAAGCCUGCAUUCCUCCUUGCCAUUGGGAUUUUCGAGCUCGGCUCGCUGAUCUGUGCAGCUGCACCGAACAGCACGGCGCUCAUCAUCGGACGAGCGAUUGCCGGAAUGGGAGCAAGCGGCGCGUUCUCCGGCGUGUAUACUAUCGUCGCAUUCAGCGCCAGGCCAGAGCAUCGUCCAUCCUACAUCAGCAUCAUCGGCGCAACGUAUGGCCUAGCGAGCGUCAUUGGUCCCCUUCUGGGUGGGGUCUUCACCGAGAAACUCACGUGGAGGUGGUGCUUCUGGAUCAAUCUCCCGAUCGGUGGCGUCGCGGCAGCGAUCAUUGCCGUCUUCUUCUCUACCCCUGCGGCGGCCAAACCAGUCUCCGCGACUGGGAAGGAGAAACUGCUCCAGAUGGACCCUCUGGGGACGGGCAUGAUCAUGGGUGCGCUGAUCAGCUACCUACUCGCUCUGCAAUGGGGCGGGGUGACCCAGCCUUGGUCAAGCAGCACCAUCAUUGGCCUGCUUGUUGGCUUUGUGUUGAUGAUCAGUGCUUUCAUCGGCAUUGAGUGGCACAUGGGAGAACGGGCUAUCCUUCCCCCUCACCUCUUCAAGCAACGCACUGUCGCCCUCUCCGCGGGGUACAUCUUCUUCCUCACCGGCGGAUUCUUCAUUAUCCUCUAUUUCCUCCCCAUUUACUUCCAAUCUGUGGAUGGCGUGUCUGCGUCCGACUCUGGGGUGAGGAACAUCCCCCUUAUUCUUGGAGUCGCACUCUUCACCUUCCUCGCUGGGAACAUCGUAACCCUAUGGGGACAUUUCGCUCCGCUUCUCGUGAUCGGUGCUGUGUUGGCAACAAUCGGCUCUGGCCUUAUCUAUCUCCUUGACAUUGGCACUCCAUCUCCACAAUGGAUCAGCUACCAAGUCGUCGCAGGGGUUGGCAUUGGGCUCGGCCUUCAGAUACCCAUCAGCGCCUCUCAGGCUAUGGUUGACGUGAAGGACGUCGCACCUGUGACGGCUAUGGCCCUCUUCUUCCAGACGAUCGGAGGCGCGUUCUUCAUUUCUGCUGCUCAGGCUAUCUUCGCCAACCGUCUGCUUGCCGUUCUGCCCAGUUCAGCGCCCAGUAUUGAUCCGGCCUUGGUUCUCGCCACAGGGGCAAGCGAGCUCAGAAUAGUAUUCCCCCAAGAGGUACUACCAGGCAUCCUCAGGGCAUACAUGGGUGGUCUCCAAGCAGCGUUUGCCUUUGCUAUCCCCCUGUUGGGCCUCGCCGCCUUGCUCAGUAUUUUUGUCGAAUGGAAGAGUAUCAAGGGGCACGCCGCUGUUGGGGCGGCUUAA